AUGUUUAUUGUCCUUUCCUUUUUUGCUUUCCUUUCUUUCUCUUUCUUUUUUUCUCUCUUUCAUUUCCCUUUCCUUUUUGUUAUUAUUCUCAUUUCUUUCUUUUCUUACUUAUUUUUAUUGUCCUUUCUCUGCUUUUCUUUUCCUUCUUUCAGUUUUAUUCUUAUAUUUAUUCUACAUUUUCUCUUUCUCACAUCUUUUGUCCUUUCUAUCUUUUUCCUUUCUUUUUCUUCCCUACUUAUUUUAUUGUCCUUUCUCUCUUUCUCUCUUUCAAUUUCCUUCUUUUUUUAUUAUUAUCCUUUCUCCCUUUUCCUCCUAUUUUUAUUUUCCUUUCUUUUACUCUGUUUUCAUUUCCCUCUCCUUCUUGAUUUUAUUGAACUUUUGCUCUUUUCACUUUCUUUUCUUUCUUUUUGGCUUCUAAGAUUUAUGGUUUCUUCCCUCUUUUUCACUUUCUUUCAUUUCUCUUCCUCUCUAAUUUUUAUUGUUCUUUCUAUCUUUUUCUCUUUCAUUUCUUUCUUAUAUUUAUUUUCCUUUCCCCCUCUUUCUCUUUUCCUUUUCCUUUUAUUCUUUCUAUCAUUUUCAUGCUUAUUUUCCUUUUUUAUUUUCUUUUUUCACUCCCUUCCCUACUUAUUUUUAUUGUUCUUUCUCUAUCCAUCUUUAUCUUUCAUUUCUUUCUUCUUCAUGAGUUUACUGAACUCUCACACUUUUUCCCCUUUGUUUUCUCAUCCUUUCCUUCUAAAUGUUAUGAUUCCUUCACCCUUUCAUUUAUUGUUCAUUCUCUCUUUUUCUUUUCCUUCCCUUCUUAUUUUUAUGCCUCUUUCAGUCUUUCUUUCUUUUUUCAUUCUUUCUUAUAUGUAUUUGAAUUUCUCCUUUUUUCUCUUUCUUUUCUUGAGUUUUCUUCUUAUUUUCAUUGUCCUUUCUUUUCCCUUCAUUUCUUUUAUUAUACUUUCUCUUCUCUUCUUUUUCUAUUCUUUUCACUUCUCAUGUUUUCUCUUUCUUUUUUUUCUCUUUCUUCGAUAUUUUAUUGUCCUUUUCCUCUAUUCCUCAUUUUUUUCUUUCUUUUUCCUUCUCAUAUUUAUUAUCCUUUCACUCAUUUUUUUCCACUUCUUUUCAUUUCCUUUUUUUCUUUUUUCUUUUUUCUUUUUGGUCUUUUUCCUUUUAUCUUUCUUUCCAUUAUGUUUGCAAAUGAUAGACAUUAUUUUCAUAUUUUCAUAA